UUAGGUAUUGUUUAUUCGUGGUCGCAGAUUUCUAUUUUAAUGAAGCAUAGAAAUUUCAUUGCGUCAUGCCGGCAAUAUUAUCGAGUCGUGAAUCAGCAAAAAAGAUAAUAAUCGGAGUUUGCACGAUGAAAAGGAAGGCAACAAGCAAACCGAUGCAAGAAAUCAUGACAAAAAUAGUUGAAUACUACGCGGAUUGGCUUGAGUUUGUGGUAUUCCCUGAAGAGGUAAUAUUGAAUGAAUCAGUUGAACGAUGGCCGCUGUGUGAUUGUUUGAUCAGUUUUCAUGCAACUGAUUUCCCUUUGCAUAAAGCUAUCGAAUAUGAACGUUUAAGGCAUCCAUAUGUACUUAACGACUUACAUAGGCAGUAUGAUCUGUUAGAUCGACGCAAAGUUUUUAGAACUUUGGCUCGCGCAGGUAUUGAGCAUCCGCGUCAUGGUGUUCUCCUACGUGAUAAGGAAGGAAAAGUUGAAGGCACGUUGAAGGAAUUUAGCGAUCAUAUCGAGGUCAAUGGAAUGAUGUUCAACAAGCCGUUUGUGGAGAAACCAUUGUCUGCCGAAGAUCAUAAUGUAUAUAUCUAUUAUCCGAGUUCCGUUGGUGGCGGCUCACAGCGUUUGUUCAGAAAGAUAAACAAUCGCAGCAGUUGGUAUUCUCCCGUCAGCACAGUUCGUCGGGAAGGUUCCUAUAUUUAUGAAGAUUUCAUACCAGCAGACGGCACUGAUGUUAAGGUUUAUGCCGUGGGUCCGUAUUAUGCUCAUGCAGAAGCCAGGAAAGCACCUGGUUUGGAUGGGAAAGUUGAACGUGAUUCACAUGGAAAAGAAGUUCGUUAUCCAGUUAUUUUAAGCAGUAAGGAAAAGCUGAUCGCAAGAAAAGUGGUUAUGGCGUUUGGACAAACUGUUUGUGGCUUCGAUUUGUUGCGUGCAAAUGGCAAAUCUUUCGUGUGUGAUGUUAAUGGGUUUUCAUUUGUGAAAACUUCAACAAAGUAUUAUGAGGAUACAGCAAAAAUUCUAGGAAAUACUAUAUUACGGCGAUUGGCAUCAUCGAUGAGUAUACCAUGGCAAAUACCAUAUCAAGAUGAUGACCCACCCCUGGUUUCAACACCGAGUGGGAAAAUAAUGGAAUUACGGUGUGUCAUUGCCAUUAUUAGGCAUGGUGAUCGGACUCCAAAACAGAAAAUGAAGAUUGUUGUGACGGAUCAGCGAUUCUUCGAUUUAUUCAAAAAGUAUAAUGGAUACAAUAAAAACGAAAUCAAAAUGAAACGACCGAAUCAGCUUAUGGAAGUGUUAGAACUUGCCCGCGAAAUUCUUCAUGAGCAGCAAGUGCAUCGUAAUGAAUCAUUAAAAGAAAUGGAAUCUUGUGAAGAUAGUGAUGGCAGUUCUCCUAAACUUGAAAGAGAUUUGGAGCAGUGUGAAGAAGCAAUCAAAAAAUGGGAUCAAGUGCGUACUGUUCUUGAGAUGUAUGGUCAUUUUUCGGGCAUCAAUAGGAAAGUGCAGUUAAAGUAUUUGAAGCCACGUGAAGUCAGAAGCUCUGAUGAUGAAGAAAUGCAUCAGCAGUCAGCACUUAUGCUAAUUCUGAAAUGGGGUGGAGAAUUGACCACUGCAGGGAAUUUACAGGCAGAAGCGCUUGGAAAACUAUUCAGAACUUUGUAUCCUGGAAUCCGGAGAACUGAUGGUAAAAGCUGUCCAGAGGAUACGCAAGGUUUGGGAUUUCUUCGUCUCCACAGUACCUACAGACACGAUUUGAAAAUUUAUGCAUCUGACGAAGGACGUGUUCAAAUGACUGCAGCUGCUUUUGCCAAGGGUCUUUUGGCACUAGAGGGUGAACUUACACCAAUUUUAAUGCAAAUGGUUAAGUCAGCAAACACUGACGGACUUUUGGACGAUGAUGUUAAUGCGCGAGAUUUUCAACAGGAAUUGAAAUGUUACCUUCAUUCAGCGCUACAAGUAAAUCGUGAUUGGACAACAGAAGAUCAUGAAAAUUUGAAUCCAUCAGGUAUUCGUUCUCUUACGAAUGCCAUGGAAUUUAUCAAGAAUCCUCGGAAAAUGUGCGAAGAAAUUGCAAGCUAUGUGCAACAAAUGGUGGAAAUAAUUCAAUGGUGUAAAUGCAACAAAUCAAAUCGAUCCUUGUAUUUGAAUGAAUCUUGGGACUUGGCAGAACGUCGCUGGGCUAAAGAAUUGCAAGAAUUCCGUCGAGUUAACAAAAAUGGUGAUGUGGAAUUCGAUAUUUCCAAAAUUCCUGAUAUUUACGACAACAUCAAAUAUGAUAUGGAACAUAAUCCGGAACUAUGUAUUAGUAAUGAAGGCCAAUUUGAAAGAAUGUACUUAUGUGCCAAAAAUAUGGCGGAUAUCGUCGUUCCGCAGGAAUAUGGAAUAAGUGAAAAGAGCAAAGUAAUCAUUGGACAACAUGUCUGCACUCCACUACUGAAAAAAAUAAAAAGCGACCUUUAUCACUGCGUCGAAAAUCCGAGUGAAGAUGAUACACAAACUCGUCUGGACCCAAGAGCAUCCCAAGGAAUUGCCACACCACUUCGGCAUGUUCGCACUCGCCUUUAUUUUACGAGCGAAUCACAUAUACAUACCAUAAUGAAUUUGAUAAAAUAUGGUGGUUUGUGCAAGGUAGAUGAUAAGAAAUGGCAGCGCGCUAUGCACUUCCUGUCAUCAGUUACUGAAUAUAAUUAUAUGACACAAGUGGUUUUGAUGGUAUAUGAAGAUAGUCGAACAACAAGUACGAAACAAGGCACUGAUCGCUUUCAUAUUGAACUACUGUUUUCACCGGGUCUUUAUCCUUGCUUUUUAACUGAAAAGGAACGUAUCUAUGAAACACGCUUUCCAAACUCAAGUAGUAAGCAAUCGUCGGGACCAACAGGAGCAAGAUCGAAGCUUUCGACUCGAAACUGUGCAACCUCAACUGCUUCGUUAUCAUCGGUGGGGGUUGCUGGGGGUGAAAAGGGAAUAACCGAUUCUGGGAACUCAGCCUUUUCGGGAAUUCUGGUCAACAAUGGUACGGAUGGAAGCCAUUCAGAAAGUAGCUCAUCCAGCAGUCUCAAUAAUCUUACUAUUGGCAAAGCCUCUGCUCAAGCUUUAGCACUUACCAAGAAACGUUUAGAACUGAACGAUUCAGAAGAUGAUUUAAAUGAUGAAAGUGUCAAUUUGGUCGCACUCGAUGAAGUUGCUUCCGGUCAAUACACAACGGACGAAUUGGCUCGACACAGUCCUGGAAGUUUACAUCAUAGUCGGCGGCGUGUUGCAACAAACAGCGAAACUAGAGCAGAAUCUCGAAGUUUCGCAGGAAGUUGCUCGUCAAUAAGCGACCUGGACAUGGAGACAUCGACGCAUGGUACUACUUCAGCAGAAAGCCAUCUCAUUGGUUUGAUGAAAUCGAUGAGCGAUAUGUCCUGCAAGAAAUCAACAGCGGAAAUUAAUUGGGAUUUUGCAAGUCCGGAUGAUCCGGCAUCUGCAGCUGCGGAAGCAGGCAAUGAUCCAAGAAAUGGACGCAACUCUCCUGGUUCUGCAUCACGUCGACCGAGAUUUCCUUAUUGCUUCAAGCAUCAUACGGUCAGUUUUUUAACAGAAUUGGAUAACCGUCUAAUUAGUACAGAUGUACUUUUUGGUAAAUCGAAUGAUUCAGCACGACGAAGAUUAUCCAACAGUCCAGCAGUUUUGUCUACAGCAGUAAUCGCAAGAUCAUCUAGUGCCCCACGGUUACAAACUUACAAGGCAGAAGAUGAGAUAUCUGUGGGAGAAAUUCGUCGUUUCUGGCCUCCACUUCGUUCACUGGAAACAUUGCAUGAUAAUAUACGUUUUAGUCAGUUAGAUCGUUUCCUUGAGCGAUUGAUGAAAAUUCGAACACCGAUCCCUUCACCACCGAAAACACCAAUUUCUUCGAAUCGAAUGACAUCGGUAGUUGCAACCGAGCUAUCGGAUACGGCAAAAAAAUUAGAACGGAUAGGCUACUGAAAUCAAUAUAUUAAGUUUAGAAUUCCUUGUAUAAGAAAGUUUCAAGUAUUUUUCUCGUCUGACAGAUCUCAUUGCUGUCAGUGGAAGUCACGUGUCAGGCUCAUCUCGCGAUUAUUGAAGUUUUACUUUAUAUCAUUCGUCAGUUUUUUCACAAGUAUUUUGGGUUCCUUGUUUCUUUACAAAAAUUUGUUUAAGUUACUGAAACUUCUCCCUCAACCUACUGUUUCAGAAUACUUCCCUUCAAGUUUUUCAAAAUCUUGAUCUAUUCACAGAAUUUUUAAGUUUGUUAUGUGAAGCCCUCAGUAAAGAUCCAGAUUAUGCCUCUGUUUGAGAACUCUCCAAAAUUUGUUUUGUAUAUAUUUUCUUCUUGAAAUUUUCAAUUGGAAAUUUUGUAAAAAUGUAUUAAUUGAAGCCGACAUAUGUGCAUGUUUUGGCAGAAACUUGGGAUUUGUCUGUACAUAACCCUAAAUUACAAAAGAAGUGUAUAAAAACUUCCUUAAUCACGCAAUACGUGGAAUAAGCUGGGAUCAGCUGGAUCAAUCAGUAUUCGGCAUAAAUUGUAACCCUUAACUGCAAUUUACUAAAAAUUACGAAUUAUAGGAGCAUUUUCUUUCAUUAAGAUAAUUUGUCUGUGUGGCUCUUAUUAGCUGUUUUUAUUCAUUCUUUAUUACUUUUAUGUCUUGCUACAUAUUUAUGGAGUAUUGUUUCCUUAUUUCCUUUUCCUUCUUUUCCGAAAGAAAGUGAUGCUGUUUUAAAAACUUUCAUUUUUGUUGCUUUCUUCAUGAAUGACUUCAGCAUUUUCUUGAACUUUUAUGACUUUAAUGUUUUUCUUCAUCGUUUUUGC